ACCGGGCCAGCGGCUCAGCUCUUCUCUGCAGCAGGACCUUACCUUAGUCUUCCUGCGCUGGCAUCUUCAGUCACUUCUCGCACAUGCGCAGUCGGCACCCGGCUGUCAUCCGCAUUGUCCGCAGUCUCUGGUCAUCCCCUGUACUGUGUCCGCAGUCUCUGGUCAUCCCCUGUACUGUGUCCGCAGUCUCUGGUCAUCCCCUGUACUGUGUCCGCAGUCUCUGGUCAUCCCCUGUACUGUGUCCACAGUCUCUGGUCAUCCCCUGUACUGUGUCCGCAGUCUCUGGUCAUCCCCUG